UUUUUGAUGAGUUGUCAGCCGCCAUUAAACCUGAAAGAAGAAGCUGUGCCGUGUUGUGUUUGUGCUCUUCAUCAUUUAUGUGAUGUAAUGGUUGUGUUUGUUAUCUCUCCAUAAAAUCUCUCAUCUGAAGAAAGAGGUGGCGUUACUGGAGACAAAGCUGAGGAGAUGAAUGACUGAACAGAAAGAAGAUUUGUCUUCAAACAAACUGAUUCAGAUUCUCUUCUACAUUGACGUUAAUAUAGGGAGGAGCCCACAACUGGAGACGAUCUGCCUUAUUAUCACAGACACAGCCCUGAGUGAGAGUCCAUUUUUGUAUGUUAGCUGUUGCAGCUGGAGUCUUACGAUGUCUGCGCUGAAGAGGAAUUACAAAUGUUUUGUUUUGGGAUGUACCAAUGAACAUCAGAGUCUCUAUAGACUCCCACAAUCUGAAUCACAGAGGACAUCAUGGUUAGAUUUCAUUUUUUAUGGAAAUGUCCCAAAGAAAGUACCUAGAUUGUUACACGUUUGCGCCAAUCAUUUUACACCAGACUGCUUCAAAAACGAGAGACAGUUCAACGCUGGAUUAUCAACCAGCUUGAUUCUGAAUAAUGAGUCAAUACCAACGCUUCGUUCUCAAACCGUAAAAUCAGAACAAGAUGUAUCUGGUGUCUCUGUCUGUGGCAUCACUGAUCAAACAUCUACAGAGCUUCUGGUUUCUGUCUGUAAUGGAAAAGAAGAGAAGAUAUCAGUAAAUCUGCUGGACUGUGGGAUAAAGCUGAAACAAGAAAUCACAGAAGAAGAAGAACAGACAGAUGAAGGGGAUCGGAUACAGUCAGACCUGAAUGUGAAGUUGGAAAGUUUUCAAUCAAAUAACAUGGAGGAGAAACCUCAUCGUUUUAUACCUGGAGAAGAAUCUCUGAGCUGCUUGAAAACUGAGAAUUUGUCAGACAACGAUUUUUGUACAUGCUCUAGGUGUGGAAAAAUAUUCAAUAGUCAGUCCGACCUUAAAGCGCACAUGCAAAAUCACACUAAAGAAAGACCUUACAGUUGUGACCAAUGUGGAAAGACCUUCACUCAAAAGCCAAACUUAAAUAUGCACAAGAAAAUUCACACUGGAGAAAGACCUUACAGUUGUGACCAGUGUGGAAAGACGUUCACUCAAAAGGGAAACUUAAAUAUGCAUAAGAAAAUUCACACUGGAGAAAGGCCUUACAGAUGUGACCAGUGUGAACAGACCUUCUAUUAUAAGCACAAAUUAAUUGCGCACAAGAGAAUUCACACAGGAGAAAAGCCUUACAGUUGUGACCUGUGUGAAAAGAGCUUCGCUUUUAAGUUUAACCUUGAUGUGCACAGGAGAACUCACACAGGAGAAAAGCCUUACCGUUGUGACCUGUGUGGACAAUCUUUCAAUUAUAAGUUCUACCUUGCUGUGCACAGGAGAAUUCACACUGGAGAAAAGCCUUACAGUUGUGACCAGUGUAAAAAGAGCUUCGCUUUUAGUUGCCACCUUUCUGUGCACAAGAAAGUUCAUAAUAGAGAAAAGCUUUACAGCUGUGACCAGUGUGGACAGACCUUCGGCUUCAAGUCUCACCUUACUGAGCACAGGAUAAUUCACACUAGAGAAAAGCCUUACAGUUGUGACCAGUGUGGACAGACCUUCAUUCGUAGGUUUAGGCUUGAUAUGCACAAAGAAACUCACAUUGGAGAAAAGCACUACAGUUGUGACCAGUGUGGAGAGACCUUCAUUCGUAGGUUUAGGCUUGAUGCGCACAAAAGAAUUCACGCUGAAGAAAAGCAAGAAGUCCUGCCCACAACUGGUUAUGAUCUGCUUUAUGAUCACAGAUGCAGCCCUAAGAGUCCAUCAUUUUUGUAUGUUCGCUGUAGCAGCUGGAAUCUUACAAUGUCUGCACUGAAGAGGAAUUACAAAUGUUUUGUUUUGGGAUGUACCAAUGAACAUCAGAGUCUCUAUACACUCCCACAAUCUGAGUCACUGAGGGCAUCAUGGUUAGAUUUCAUUUUUUAUGGCAAUGUCCCAAAGAAAGUACCUAGAAUGUUACACGUUUGCGCCAAUCAUUUUACACCAGACUGCUUCAAAAACGAGAGACAGUUCAACGCUGGUUUUUCAACCAGCUUGAUUCUGAAUAAUGAAUCAAUACCAACGCUUCGUUCUCAAACCGUAAAAUCAGAACAAGAUGUAUCUGGUGUCUCUGUCUGUGGCAUCAUUGAUCAUACAUCUACAGAGCUUCUGGUUUCUGUCUGUAAUAAAGAAGAAGAGAAGAAAAAUCUGCUGGACUGUGGGAUGAAGACAAAUGAAGGGGAUCUGAUUUAUUCAGACCUGAAUGUGAAGUUGGAAAGUUUUCAAUCAAAUGACACGGAGAUGAAACCUGAUAAUUUUAUACCUGGAGAAGAAUCUCUGAACUGCCUGAAGACUGAGAUUUUGUCAGACAACGAUUUUUGUACAUGCUCUCGAUGUGGAAAAAUAUUCAAUAGUCAGUCUGACCUUAAAGCGCACAUACAAAUUCAUGCUGAAAAAAGACCUUACAGUUGUGACCAGUGUGGAAAAACCUUCACUCAAAAGGCAAGCUUAAAUAUGCACAAGAAAAUUCACACUGGAGAAAAGCCUUACCGUUGUGACCAGUGUGGAAAGUGCUUCACUCAAAAGGCAAACUUAAAUAUGCACAAGAAAAUUCACACUGGAGAAAAGCCUUACAGUUGCGACCAGUGUGAACAGACCUUCCUUUAUAAGUCCAAAUUGAUUGGGCACAAGAGAAUUCAUACUGGAGAAAAGCCUUACGGAUGUGACCUGUGUGGACAAACUUUCAAUUAUAAGUCCUACCUCGCUGUGCACAGGAGAAUUCACACUGGAGAAAAGCCUUACAGUUGUGACCAAUGUGGACGGACCUUCACAUUUAGUUGCCACCUUACUGCGCACAGGAAAAUUCAUAAUAGAGUAAAGCCUUACAGUUGUGACCAGUGUGGACAGACCUUCGGCUUUAAGUCCCACCUUACUGAGCACAGGAUAAUUCACACUGAAGAAAAGCCUUACAGUUGUGACCAGUGUGGACAGACCUUCAUUCGUAGGUUUAGGCUUAAUGUGCACAAAAGAAUUCACACUGGAGAAAAGCCUUUAUUAUCACAGACACAGAGUCCAUCAUUUUUGUAUCUUCGCUGUUGCAGCUGGAAUCUUACAAUGUCUGCACUGAAGAGGAAUUACAAAUGUGGGGUUUUGGGAUGUACCAAUGAACAUCAGAGUCUCUAUAGACUCCCACAAUCGGAGUCACUGUGGACAUCGUGGUUAGAUUUCAUUUUUUGUGGCAAUAUCCCAAAGAAAGUACCUAGAUUGUUACACGUUUGCGCCAAUCAUUUUACACCAGACUGCUUCAAAAAUGAGAGUCAGUUCAACGCUGGAUUUUCAACCAGCUUGAUUCUGAAUAAUGAAUCAAUACCAACGCUUCGUUCUCAAACUGUAAAAUCAGAAGAUGUAUCUGGUGUCUCUGUCUGUGGCAUCACUGAUCAAACAUCUACAGAGCUUCUGGUUUCUGUCUGUAAAGAAGAAAAGACAUCAGUAAAUCUGCUGGACUGUGGGAUGAAGACAAAUGAAGGGGAUCUGAUACAUUCAGACCUGAAUGUGAAGUUGGAAAGUUUUCUAUCAAAUAACAUGGAGGAGAACCCUCAUCGUUUUAUACCAGGAGAAGAUUCUCUGAGCUGCUUGAAGACCGAGAUUUUGUCAGACAACGAUUUGUGUACGUGCUCUAGGUGUGGAAAAAUAUUCAAUAGUCAGUCCGACCUUAGAGCGCACAUGCAAAUUCACACAGAAGAAAGACCUUACAGUUGUGACCAGUGUGGAAAGACGUUCACUCAAAAGGGAAGCUUAAAUGUGCACAAGAAAAUUCACACUGGAGAAAGACCUUACAGAUGUGACCAGUGUGGAAAGAGCUUCCUUUAUAAGUCCAUAUUUAUUGUGCACAAGAGAAUUCACACUGGAGUAAAGCCUUACGGAUGUGACCUGUGUAAACAAACCUUCACUCGUAAGUACGGCCUUGAUGUGCACAGGAGAACACACACAGGAGAAAAGCCUUACAGUUGUGACCUGUGUGAAAAGAGCUUCGCUUCUAAGGUAAACCUUGAUGUGCACAGGAGAACUCACACAGGAGAAAGGCCUUACGGUUGUGACCUGUGUGGACAAACUUUCAAUUAUAAGUUCUACCUGGCUGUGCACAGGAGAAUUCACACUGGAGAAAAGCCUUACAGUUGUGACCAGUGUGGACGGACCUUCACAUUUAGUUGCCACCUUACCCUGCACAGGAAAAGUCACAAUAGAGAAAACCCUUACAGUUGUGACCAGUGUGGAGAGACCUUCGGCUUUAAGUCCGACCUUAUUGAGCACAGGAGAAUUCACACUAGAGAAAAGCCUUACAGUUGUGACCAGUGUGGAGAGACCUUCAUUCGUAGGUUUAGGCUUGAUAUGCACAAAAGAAUUCACACUGGAGAAAAGCCUUAUGGUUGUGACCUGUGUGGAGAGACCUUCGGCUUUAAGUCCCACCUUACUGAGCACAGGAGAAUUCACACUAGAGAAAAGCCUUACAGUUGUGACCAGUGUGGAGAGACCUUCAUUCGUAGGUUUAGGCUUGAUGUACACAAAAGAAUUCACGCUGAAGAAAAGCCUUAGAGUGUGAAAAGAGCUUCAUUCAAAAGUCCAGCCUUAAGCCUGGGAUACACUUAGGGGUGUGCCAUAUCAUACUGUUCAUGAUAACAUGGUAUAAUUUUUUUACAUGAUAAAGUGUCAUCUCGGGAUAUCAAUGAUAUAUUGACGUAUGGUGCAUUCACAUCUCACAGCAACAACACCUGAGAGCAAGAGCAGCAUGUCAGCCACACUGUAGAGUAUACACAGGCUGUGAAUGUACGCCAGGAGAAGAUACUACCAGCUGGUGAUAUGUGGCCCAAAAGCAAACAAAAGACUUGAACGAACAUCACUGGAGCACUCGCUAGUUAUGACAGUAGAUGGAUGGACAUUACUGAUGCGGUUACAUAUUGUUUGGCCAGUGAUGGGUAGAAAAUAUUUUUCAAAGACAUCCUUGCCUGAGAUGUAUGAAGCAUGCCGUUACAAAUUUGCUGCUACGAUACUCUCAGUGGAUUUUUGCCUCAACCACGGAUAUGUGGUCGACUCGAACAGCAGAGUCAUAUAAAUUACUUUUGGUCUGGAGGCUGGCUAGGCCAAGCCAGAACAUUGAUAUGCUUUUUACAGAGCCAUAUCCUGGCUGUGUGCUUCGGAUCUUUGUCAUGUUGGAAGACCCAGCCUCGACCCAUCUUCAAUGCUCUAACUGAGGGAAGGAGGUUGUUCCCCAAAAUCUUGCAAUACAUGGCCCGGUCAUCCUCUCCUUAAUACAGUGCACUCGCCCUCUCCCAUGUGCAGAAAAACACCCCCAAAGCAUGAUGCUACCACCCCCAUGCUUCAUCCAAAUGGUCAUUGGCAAACUUAAGAUGGGUCUGGACAUGUGCUGGUUUAAGCAGGGGAACCUUUUGUGCCAUGCAUGAUUUCAAACCUUGAUGUCUUAGUGUAUUACCAACAAUAACCUUGGAAACGGUGGUCCCAGCUCUUUUCAUGUCAUUGACCAGCUCCUCCCAUGUAGUUUUGGGCUUUCUUGGGAUCAUUGAGACCCCACGCGGUGAGAUCUUGCAUGGAGCCCCAGUCCGAGGGAGAUUGACAGUCAUGUUUAGCUUCUUCCAUUUUCUAAUGAAUGCUCCAACAGUGGACUUUUUUCACCAAGCUGCUGGGCAAUUUCCCCGUAGCCCUUUCCAGCCUUGUGGAGGUGUACAAUUUUGUCUCUAGUGUCUUUGGACAGGUCUUGGUCAUGUUAGUAGUUGGAUUCUUACUGAUUGUAUUGUGUGGACAGGUGUCUUUAUGCAGCUAACAGGUGCAUCUAAUUUAGGAUAAUAAAUAAAGUGGUGGACAUUUUAAAGGCAGACUAACAGGUCUUUGAGGGUCAGAAUUCAAUCUGAUAGACAGGUGUUCAAAUACUUAUUUGCAGCUGUAUUAAAAAUAAAUCAAAUCAUAUAUGGUGA